AUGAGUACCUCUCCGCAGCACGAAAAGCCGCAACAAGGCUCUAUGUUCUACGACUCGGGCCAGUCCAUUUACGAUGCUGCACAGCUCUGUUUAAAGGAUUUCGAACAUCGACUCAAGGCAGAAGAAAAUUCAGAGGGAGAUGAUUAUCUAGAAAUAGAAGAGUUAUGGGGUCGAUUUAAUCAAUGGGCGGCAUAUAUUGGAGCUUUCGCUGUGCCAAGGGCAUCUCUCAAUGCGAGAUUAGCUCCUCACAUAGUGAUAAAAAACAUGGUGCUCGAGUUGCUAGACAUGAUACAAGAUAAUCUCCUAUGGGGCGCUGAUAGGUCUCCAGUAAACUCUCCCGACAACACCGAGGAAAUAACAGAAUUGAGCCCUGGACUUCCUGCCUUCAAAGCUGCAAUAGACCAACUUCAUAUUUUAUCGGUGAAUAUUCGCCGCUUAGCGCGUCACACUCAUAAUCAGGAUGAAUCGUUGGAUAAUGAAGACAACUUGGAGACCAUGGUGGAUGAGGAAGAGCGCGAGGACCAUGUAAGGACGCCAGAGGUGUCCCCUAACAAGGACGCGGGGCCCAUGAAGCUGGAGAAGGUCAUCCGAGGUCCUGGUGCGCUUCCUUCUCUAGCCUCACCUUCUGCAAUAGUUCGCAACAAUCGGUCAGAGUCAAAGUCUCCAAGCACAGUCAUUAGCAGAAGCUCGUCUUUUCAAGACAACCCGCUUAAUGAGAAUGACUAUCCCCCUAUGCCGAGGCCAAAAAUCGGGGAAAGACAUCAGCCUUGCGCAAUCUGUACCAUGCCUAUAGACUUGUCAACUCUAACAGAGAGUGCUUGGAAGACUCAUAUUGACCAAGACAUCGAUCCCUAUGUCUGUAUUUCUGAGGACUGCAUUGAGCCUCUUCAAUACUUCACUAGCUUGCAAUCCUGGAUGGAUCAUAUGCUAAGGCGGCAUUCAAUUAAUUGGUCGGAACAAAUUCACACGAGAAAUGGUAUUGCGACCUUGAUCACAACGAAGACCCGCUGGAAUUUGAAACAAAAACAGAAUAUUGAGAAGCGCAGGAUGGAAAAGCCGUAUGAGCUUCUUUGGGGACAUAUUGCCCAACAUCUCAAAUCGCUAGCUUUCCUCUCGCUAUCUUACGUAGUAGAAGACUUAGAAGGCAGAGAAAGCAUCGCCGAUUUCUCUGAGAGACGACCACAGCAACAGCAGUUAACAUUUUAUACUGUGAUCGAGAGUCUACUUCCUGCUAUACCAUGUCUCGAAAAGAGGUGUAACAUCAAGGCAAUAGGUGCCAAUUAUGCGCCGCUACAUCUACAUUGGGCAAUCUUACGAGAGAAUGAUGGAGUUACUAAACUGUUGCUUGAAAACGGAGCUUGUGCUGAUGGAUAUGGUUAUAUGAGUCAAACACCCCUAUGGCUGGUAGUUUGGAAGGGCAGUGAAAGUAUUGUUCAGCUCAUGCUUGAGGGUGAAGCUGAUAUUGAGGCAAAGGAUAGUGAGGGCCAAACGCCUCUGUGCAACGCGGCUGGGUAG